GCCUUCGCCUUCUCCUUCUCCUCGUAUAAAAUCUCCCUUCUCUUUUCCUAAUAUUUUCUUCAAUAAAAAAUUAUUAUUAUUACUAUCAAUUUUCGUUGUUCCAAUUCUCCAUUUCCGAGGCACGUUCAGUGCUUCUACAUUCAAGAGCUUUUUUUUUUUUAUAUAUAUAUAAUUAUAAAAAAUGCCCGUUCUUUAUUAUAAUUUGUUCUCCAUAGGAGUUUCUCUCUCCGCUGCCGUGAUGACUGCCCCAGCAGGUGCUUGUUUUUAUUGUUACUCCGGCGGCCGUUGUCUGUGUUCAUCUUUCCGCUGUCAAUAUUCUUGAUUUUUUUGGCUUCCUGGGGGUGUUUAGGGUUUUCUUUCUGUUCUAUUGGAGGCGAUAAGGAAGCCAGAAAUUUGGGUUGUAUAAAUGGAUUUGACUCAACCGCCUGGGAAUAGUGGUCUAUCUUUAGGGUUUUUAUCUCACGUUGCAGCGGCGCCCUUGAAUACUGACAGGGGCUCCAAAAUUGCCGAUGAUUCAAUUUCCUUUCAAAUCGAGUCGAGGGUUCGAGACCCAAUGAAUCCCUUGCCAUCUAUUCCACUCCAAUUGCUGGACCAGCAAACAGAGAGUCAAAAUCACCCAGCCGAGAAAAUUUCCAGUGAGAAUAAGGAUAGAGAUGAGGAGAAAGAUUUUGAGGAGUUUCGAAUUUUGGGGCACUCCAUGACUUUGAAGAGGAAGCGCGAAAGCGAUUCAGCCUCCUCUACGUCGACAUCGUCUUCCUCUUCAAAGGGAUUUAGGUUGUCUUCCAACGAGAUGGAAUCGCGCAGGAGUGCAGUCAGGGCGUGGGGGAAUCAGAGCUUGCAAAAUGCUGAUCCCGAUAUUUUCAAAAUUAUGGAAAAGGAGAAGCAGAGGCAGUUUAAAGGGAUUGAAUUGAUUGCCUCCGAGAAUUUUGUGUGCAGAGCUGUGAUGGAGGCAUUGGGAAGCCACUUGACUAACAAAUACUCUGAAGGGAUGCCUGGUGCGCGAUACUAUGGUGGGAAUCAGUACAUUGAUGAGAUUGAAACUCUCUGUUGUGAGCGAGCUUUGGCUGCUUUUGGUCUUGAUCCGGAAAGUUGGGGCGUGAAUGUUCAACCUUAUUCUUGUACUUCUGCGAAUUUUGCUGUCUAUACAGGGCUUUUAUUACCAGGGGAUAGAAUAAUGGGGUUAGACACACCCUCUGGAGGGAACACAAGUCAUGGAUGUUAUUUGCCUAAUGGGAGGAAAGUGUCUGGGGCCUCGAUAUUUUUCGAGAGUCUACCAUAUAAGGUAAACCCACAAACUGGGUAUGUGGACUAUGAUAAGCUUGAGGAGAGGGCGCUUGAUUUCCGCCCGAAGAUAUUGAUUUGUGGUGGGAGUUCCUAUCCACGGGAGUGGGACUAUGCAAGAUUUAGACAAAUAGCAGAUAAAUGCGGUGCAGUUUUGCUAUGUGACAUGGCUCAAACCAGUGGUCUUAUUGCUGCCAAGGAGUGUGCCAGUCCUUUUGAAUAUUGUGAUAUUAUUACCUCCACUACUCAUAAAAGUCUUCGAGGUCCUAGAGGAGGAAUCAUUUUCUACAGGAAGGGACCAAAGCCAAAGAAGAGAGGCAUGCUUUUGAGUCAAGGGGAUGGAAGUGAUAGAUAUGAUUUUGAGGAAAAGAUCAACUUUGCUGUUUUUCCGGCACUGCAAGGUGGCCCACACAAUAAUCACAUUGCGGCUUUGGCUAUAGCAUUGAAACAAGUGGCUGCUCCUGAAUACAAGACAUAUAUGCAGCAAGUCAAGAAAAAUGCUAAGGCUUUAGCAUCAGCUUUGCUGAGAAGAAAUUGCCGGCUGGUCACUGGGGGCACUGAUAACCAUCUGUUGCUUUGGGAUCUAAGAAAUUUUGGAUUGACAGGUAAAAACUUUGAGAAGGUCUGUGAGUUCUGUCACAUCACCCUCAAUAAAGUUACAAUUUUUGAUGACAAUGGCAAUAUCACCCCUGGAGGCGUAAGGAUUGGUACACCUGCAAUGACAUCUAGAGGCUGUCUUGAGGCUGACUUUGAGAUGAUGGCAGAAUUUCUACUUAGAGCUGCUCAGAUUGCAAGUUCUGUGCAGAGAGAACAUGGGAAACUACCAAAGUCGUUCCUUAAGGGGCUUGAAAACAACAAAGAGAUUGUGGAACUUAGAAUGCGAGUAGAAAGUUUUGCUUCGCAGUUCGCUAUGCCAGGAUUUGAUUGAUAGUUUGGCCUGGGGGUUGUGACAGGGGAAUACUUUCGGCUGUCCAAGUAUGGCCUCCUCUGUACAUGGUAACUUCAAAGUGACAUUAAAUUAUUCUGACAAGUGAUGGGGCGUUUCUAUAAUUUUGUAGCCUCUCAUUGAUGCUUAGAAAAUCUCAACUCAAUGAGUCUGAAUCAUGGGAUGCACCAGCAAACCUGCCCUGUUAGUCAUAGCUGGCAUAUGCUCUGUGGGUGGAGGCAAUUUGGUCACUCAAGUGUUAAAUCAAUGUAGGGCAACCGAGUCCUGGCAUAUUUCAUCCAUAGUAAAGUUUUUGUGGUCCUGGUGAUUAGAGGGAGACUGCACACCUGAAUCAUUUGUUAUUGUUUUCAUUGAGGAUGCCUCAGGGUGGUCUGAUGUUUGGUACCAAUGAUAAUAGAAUUACACCAAUGGCGCUCAAUUGUCGAAUUUGUAAUCAAUUUCGAGAUUUUGCUUCUGAUGUGAUUUAUGUAUAUGCAAAGAAAGCAAAAAGAGUUGCGCCCUUUUUCACUCCAUCAGAUGAAGGGUUCGUACAUUUACUUAUAAUUACACUGCAGCUUCAAUUACUGGUUUGUAGUGCUAAUUGCAGACCCUGGAUUGAGAAUGUAAAAGUGUUGAAGGAUGCAAGACUAAAACCAAAAUCUGUAAAUUAGGUGCAAAUUGCGCAGUGGGAAAUGAUAAAAAGUGCGAUCGCAGUGGGAUUGAA